UACAGAAGAAAUAUAGCAUGUUCACUCCCACUGUUGAUCUUUCUUGUUGAAAACUUGAAAUCAACCCCGCAAUUCCACUCAGCGAAACCCUAACAUGAUUACCCAGGACGACGAUCAACCAUCACCACUUAUCCAACCCCAUUCACCUAAAACCUUAACCCUAGACACACCAAUUCCUUGUAACUCUGACCAAUUUGAAGAAGAUCAGGAUGAUGACGAUGUAGAGAUGCUUACCCCGGUCUCGCAAUCCACUGCUCCUAAUCCCAUCCGACGUCCUUCUUUUAAACGCAAGAAACCUAACAAGCAAAAACGACGUGCUGCUGCUUUCGAAAAGAAACGCUUGAAGAAGCUCGGAAUUCUUAACCAAACCCUAAAGCCAAUUCCUUUCCGACCCAACAAAAAACUAGAUUUUUCCCGUCACGAAGCUCUGUUGAAACGAAUUGGGAUAUGGGAUUUUGUUCAUCUGGAGUUCGAUUCCAACAUCCAUACAGAUCUCAUCGCCCAAAUCAUCGCAAAUUACAACUCGAACACCCGUAGCAGCUACGUCAACGGUACGAGAAUCCUUGUGAAUCGCGCGGAUCUGUCCCGCGCAUUGAAAUUGACGGUGAGGAAGGAUAAGGGUAACCUCAAUGUGAAUGCUCCGGACGGUUCUGGGGAGUCCUGUGAGAAAGAAUCGGAGGAGUCGAUAGGGUUUAUCCAAGAGGUAGUAUCUAAUUGGAUGCUUCUGCAUGACGACACGUGGAUGAUGCCACAGGAUGUGCUGAAUGUGAUGAAGAUGAUCAAAGAAGGGAAUUUUGAGAAGAUUUGUUGGGCUACUUUGGUUUGGUUUAUGGUGGAGAAAGAGUUAACGAACUCAAAGUUGGAAAAUUGUUAUUAUGCUUCGCAUUUGAAGUGUUUGAUUAAAUGUCAGAAAGCAGAGUUGUUGAGAGAAGAGGUCAAACAGCAGCAGGGUGAGAUGGGAGAAGAGAUCAAAGAAGAAGAAGAGGAGGUCAAAGAGGAAGAAGAGGAGGUGAGAGAGGAGGCCAAAGCUGAAGAGGAGAGGGUGAGAGAGGAGGUCAAAGAUGAAAAGGAGAGGGUGAGAGAGGAGGUCAAAGAUGAAGUGGAGGGCUUGAGAGACGAGAUCAAAGAUGAAGAGGAGGAGGUGAAAGAUGGAGCAGAGGGCUUGAGAGAGGAGGUCAACGACGAGGAGGAGGAAGCGAGGGAGGAGCUCAAAGACGAAGAGGAGGAAGUGAGGGAGGAGGUCGAAGAUGAAAAGGAGAAGGUGCGAGAGGAGGUUAAAGAUGAACAACAGGAGGUGAGAGCAGAGGUCAAAGAUGAACAAGGGGUGGUGAGAGGAGAGUUUACAGAUGAACAAGAGGAGGGGAGAGGAGAGGUUAAAGAUGGAGAGGAGGAGGGGAGAGGAGAGGUCAAAGAUGAAGAUGAGGACUGUGAUGGGGAUGUGAAAAUGCAUGAUAUGGUUUAUGAUAGUAAAACAACCGAGUUGCAGGAGCAUAAUAUUGAGUUAUGUCUUGGUCAAGAUAAUAUUGUUGAUGUGAAAGAGAAUGUUGAGACGGAAAAAGAAGUUGUGAGAGAUGAUGAUGUUGGCUACUUUGGGGGAAACAAAAAUGAACAACAAGGUCCGUGGUUAUUGGAUAGGAAAAAUGAUAUCAUUGAGCACGAGAAUUUUUUGAGGGGGUGUAGUCUUGGUGAUGUUAAGGUUAUGGACUGUGAUGAGGAUAAGAAACAAGAAGAAGAAGAAGAAGGAGAGGAAGAGGGAGGAGAAGAAGAGGAGGAUGAGGAAGAGCAGCAGCACAAAGGAGGAUUUGCUCUGUCUCCUGAAGCUGAUGCUUUAGAGAUGGUAUCCUCUGCUAAUCUUAUUCAAGGAAUGGAAACAGUGCAAGUUCCUUUUAAUAAUGGGAUACAGAUUGGUGAUGAUGAUUUACCUGGGGAGUUUCUUUCGUCUAGGGUUGACACUCAUACAAAUCCAGGCGCUUCAUCUUCACAUUUUGGUAAUGGGAACAAGAGACCUAUUGAUCAGGAGAAUGAAGUGUCUCAUCUUAAUGAGGGCAAUAAGCGGUUGAGGAGUGGAGGAUCAUGGGUUAAAGAGUCAUCUUCAGAUUUUCACAUGUGUAUGGAGCAAAUACAGCAUUGGAUGGGAAAGGCUACUAUGAUGUAUCAGGCAAAAGAUCACAUUUGUGAAGAUUCCAAUAUGAAUCAACAAAUUUUAAUCAAUGAAGUGCAGAAGCGGGAUAACAUAAUAGAGCACUUGCAUAAGGCGAAGUUAGAGGAACAACAAAAGAGGCAGAUUGAUGUCUAUAAGCUUGAGAGUGAACUUUAUGUUAUGGCAAAUGUCCUUGAGGGAUAUAGAAAGGCUUUGAAGGAGACUCAUAAGGCAUUUGCUGAAUAUAGAGCACAGUGCCCACAGGCUGAUGAACCACUUUACAAGGAUGUUACAGGCAGUGGAGGUUUAGUUCUAAGCACUAUGGAACUGGAAAAGCAACGUGUGAAGCAAGAAGAAGAGAGAAAGAAGCUAGAAGAAGAGAAAAAGCAAGAAGAAGAGAGAAGGAAACUGGAAGAAGAGAUGAAGCAAGAAGAAAGAAGAAUGAUGGAAGAUGAGAUAAAGAAAGGAGAAGAAAGAAGUAUGCUGGAAGAAGAGAUGAAGAAGGAGGAAGAAGAGAUGAAGAAGGAAGAAGAAGAAAGAAAGACCCCAGAAAAUGACAUAAAGAAGCGAGAAGCAGAUAGAAGGAAGUUAGAAGAAGAUGAGACAAUGAACUGUGUGCUAAUUGAAAAGAAAAUUAAGGAGUUUGAAGAUGGAUGGAUUUCAAAUUUCGAAGCACAUAAUUGUCAGAUUCAUAUGCUCUCUAUGAAGAUGCUUGAUGUUGAAAAUGAGGUAGUACACCUCAAGGAAUUGCUUGCAAAACAAAAGGUUUCUGAAGAUUCAAAAUGCGCUCCAAAUGAGUGAUUGUCUGGUUGGCAAAUCUAUGAAUUGAGUCAUUUUAUUAAUAGGUUAACGUGGAGGAACAUUUAGCAAAAAAAUUCUGCAGCUCUCUUUUUCCUCCUAGUUUGUAGAUUUAUGUAUUUAAAUCUUUAGUGUGUCUUGGUACGUUAAAAUGGCGGUGGACCAUUAUAGUCGCUAGAACUACUAUAUUAUGCUGUCUGCUUGUGAUUACUCAUCAUUUAUGAACGUACGAUUUAUGCUUUAA